CACUGAGCACUUGGAUCUUCUUCAGUGGUGCUUUGGCCAACAAAGAUACACUUUCUUUAAUGACACUGUCAUUCUCUCUUCUUGCCUGUGUCAAACAACUAUUCAACAGAUGGAAACAUAACAACUCUGCUUGGCUGGUCUUAUUAUAGAGGGAAAAAAAUUACAGUAACCCCCACAUUCAUUUCAAGAAAAUAAAGAAAGCAAAAAGUAAGCAACAAAAAUGUUUGCAGUUGAAAAUGGCCUACAAGGAGACCCAAGAUUGAAGGCCAUAUCAGAUGCCAUUAGAGUAGUCCCUCACUUCCCAAAACAAGGAAUUAUGUUUCAAGACAUAACUACACUUCUGCUUGAUCCCAAGGCAUUCAAAUACACUGUGGAUAUUUUUGUUGAUCGCUAUAGAGAUAUGGAUAUCUCUGUUGUUGCUGGAGUGGAAGCUAGAGGUUUUAUAUUUGGCCCUUCAAUUGCAUUAGCUAUUGGUGCAAAAUUUGUUCCUCUACGAAAACCUAAAAAAUUGCCAGGAGAAGUAAUUUCUGAAGCAUAUGUACUUGAAUAUGGAACUGAUUGUUUAGAGAUGCACAUUGGUGCUGUCAAACAUGGGGAACGUGCCAUCAUCAUUGAUGAUUUAGUUGCUACUGGUGGCACACUCUCUGCAGCCAUAAGACUAUUAGAACGCGUUGGAGCAGAAGUUAUCGAAUGUGCAUGCGUUAUUGGGUUGCCAGAGUUUAAGGGACAGUGCAGGCUAAAUGGAAAGCCAUUGUACAUUCUUGUGGAGCCACGUCAGUGAACAAAUUGUUCUGUUUACAGAAUUAAUUGCAGACAAUCAACAGUUCAAACUACCAUAACGCGGCGUUUAUUGUCCACCACUUUGAACAGAGAUCGCCUGCCUUCUGAUGGUUACUCCUUUUUGCUAUAUCCUUCUUUCAAGAAAAUAGGUGUCAACAAGAUGUAUUUAUGCUUUUUAAGAAUUAUGUUUGUUUCUUUGAACUUCCAAAGAUAAGCUAAGGAUAGCUUAUCUCAUGUAUUGGUAGCCAUUUGCCCUUAAAUUUGUCAAAUAGAUUUCACAUCUCCUCAAUUGCAUAAUUGAUAUUCCUAAA